GCUUGUGUAUGAUAGUAAAGGCGCAAGGUUAGUUAGCUCUUGACCUUUUUUAUUACUCUGUCUGCUUACGCUAGACUUCUGUGUCCAUAUUUCUCCAAGGUGAAUUCUUUGACUGAUACAAAACUAGCUUAUAGUCUGAGCAUGAGUACUGGAAGCAGUAAAAGUAUUUUUAUUCUCUGUUUAGUCUAGGAAGGACUUUAUUCAACAUAACAGACCAGCAUUCUGCUACUUGCCCAGACCUGGGUCCCUUUCUCAGUAGUACAGGGUUUUUGUUUUUUGUUUUACUCUUUAGAGAUGAAUUUUUCUCUUGCUCCUCAGCUGUCGUCAAGUUGGUGGUGGAAAAGAUACUUACGGGAGCAAGAGACUUCCCUAAGAGCAAUCAAGGCUGUCCGUAACGGAGAUUUUAAACUUCUGUCAUGUAUCCGUGCCAUUUGUUCAGAAAAACAAUCAGAAGAAUGGCUGAAUAAAGCUGCAUUCUUCAAAUUCUCUAAUAAAAGCCUCAAUGUUUGAAGUUCCCAGGUAUUGAUAAAACGAGGAGACACACAUCGAUCCAAAUUAGAUAGCUGUAUAUUUAUACAACUUUUACACUCACCUGUCACAAAGCUGUACAGUAGUUGAUUUGAAUAGUUAGGAAGAUCUUUUUUUUUUUUUUUUUUCCUUGACUACUAAGAAGCUACCUUUCUGCUUGUUUUUUGCCUUUGCUCACUAUGGUGCAAAUCAAGAGGGGAGGAAAAAAUACUAAGCAGGACAUGUCGUUCAUUGUUUUCUGGAGGGAAAACGAACAAACAAGAAAACCCAAGAUACAAUUCCUGAAUGUGCUCAGUUGUAAUAUUAACCUGGUUAGCAAAAAAUAAUAAAAUUAGCGAGAAUCAAAUUGGAAAACAAUAAAUUACAACUACAAAAUGGAACGAUUACCUCAAGGUUUCCUAUUUGAUUUUAAAUUGGUUGCUUGACUCAAUUCAUCUCGCUACAGCUAAGACAUGUCCUAGAUAUUUAUAACUUCUUAAUUGUGCACUGAUUAACUCUGUGUGUGUGUGUGCGCGCGCGUGCGCGCGCACAGAUAGUUGAGCAAGAGAUGUGUGUUAAGCAAAAAUACAACUCAUUUGUAAUUUUUUGUACUGGUAGUUUUUGCUGUAAUACUGCUUGCUCACAGAUAUAUUUAUAGAACCAAACCAGUCUUUUGUUUAUUUCCUUACUGUAGUGUUGCUAUAGCCAGGGUAGAGUUUGUUUACAUCUGUAUGCACAUGCAAAUUUAAAAUUUUAACAGCACCUUAUCCCUAAUUUGUUUUUUUACGUGAAAGAGACCUUUCCCAUUGCUGUUUCAAGAACAGUAUAUGUUGCAGUGGUCACCUACACCCAGGUAAAAUGAAUCUUCCCUUGAAAACUGAUAGUACCAUUUUCCGUAAUUUCUACUUAUCAGCUAUCUAGACAUGCUGAAAGCAGGAACACCUUACAGUUAGUAAGCUAGUAGGGGAUACAAGUGGAAAUGAGUGCUGGGGAUGUAGGGUAAAGCUGGUCUAGCUUGCCAGGACACGACUUAGUCACUUCCUUUGGAAAGUAUGUAAGAUGGACCUUCAGAGCACCACCUCAUUCUUGUAAAGCCAGAACAAAAUAUUGAAGCAUUCUCUGCUUACCAGGAGUAGGUCUUCUCCUACAGGCCGUCUGAGUUUACUGGUCUGGCGUGGUACCACUAGACAGAGCAGUAAAUUUGUCUUUUUUGCUGUCCAAGAACACCUGAGAAGGGGUUAGACCUGCUGCAGGAAACGGAACCGGAACAAUUUUAACAAGACCCAGCAAAGCCUCGAGCGUGCACAAUUCUCAGGAUGGUCCCAUCACAGCAACUCUGGAACCUGCGGUCACCUGACGGCAGUGGAGAGCCUCAGCCUGCUUUUGCUGUGUCUUCUCUGCUGGGAAACCAGGCCAGGAGCUUAGGAGAAAAUCACCAUCAUUUCCAUGCUCUUCUGUGAAUUCUCCCAGUGAUCAAACUGACACCCAAAGCUCCUGGUGUCCCUCAUCAUGAGUCUGGAACAGUCCUCCAUCUGCUGGAGAGAAGAAUGUCCCUUCUUGUCUGACGCGGUGCUGUGGUUUGUCGUCUGCGUCAGACAUCACCCCAGAUUCCACGGCUCAACAGGUCCUUACUCAUCCACUUGUUCAGAGCAGUGAUUUCACGAGACCCCUUCCUAGCCCCACGAAGGCAUUUCUUGGUGUGCACUGGCAGCCUGAUUGCUUUCCCUGCCACUCGUGGGAGAGGCAGGAGUGGUGAGAACAGCAGACGGAAGGUUGCAAGUCACUGAGGGGUUCCUGAACGGGGACUGCCUCUCUGUUCCUGCGGAGAGCUUGCCGUGGUGCGCGUGAGCUGGAGGUGUGUCUGCGCUGGGGCUUAGUGCUCCCAGCUCCUAUAGGAGAGUCCAGAAUUACCUGUGUAAGGUCAAGGCGUGUCUGACUGGAAACCUGAUGCCUCAUCUCAGCCAAUGUGGAGGCGGAGGGAGGAGGGCUGAGACAUGUACCUUCAUGCUCACAACAGCUGAAAACAGAGAAGGAAACUAGCUAGAGCUUUUUUUACGGGCACAGAAGGCCUUGGAAUCCUUGUCUCCCCCAGAAGUCCAGCUGUAUUUCAGUACUCUGGGGGGGUGUCACUCCCACACUCGCCAGGCGAUGAGCAUCGCAAGGAGAAGAGGCUUUUGUAGACAGGAAGUGAACAAAACCAUCUGGGAGCUGCCCAGGAGAUACACGUCCAUCCACCCUGUGGGGUCCGGGGCCUACGGCUCGGUGUGUUCAGCCAUAGACAAGAAGACAGGUGAAAAAGUGGCCAUCAAGAAGCUGUGCCGCCCGUUCCAGUCAGAGACCUUUGCCAAGAGAGCGUACAGAGAGCUCAUGCUGUUGAAGCAUAUGCAACAUGAGAACGUCAUUGGGUUGCUUGAUGUCUUCACGUCUGCCCCCUCUUACCAUGGAUUCCAGGACUUCUACCUGGUGAUGCCAUACAUGCGGACAGAUUUACAAAAGAUCAUGGGACAUGAAUUCAGUGAUGAAAAGAUCCACUACCUGGUCUACCAAAUGCUGAAAGGGUUGAAGUACAUUCAUUCUGCUGGAAUCAUUCACAGGGACCUGAAGCCAGGCAAUCUGGCUGUCAAUGAAGACUGUCAACUAAAGAUUUUAGACUUUGGCUUGGCGAGACAUGCGGAUGCUGAAAUGACAGGCUAUGUGGUUACACGCUGGUACAGAGCACCAGAAGUCAUUCUGAACUGGAUGCAUUACAACCAGACAGUGGAUAUCUGGUCUAUUGGCUGUAUCAUGGCAGAAAUGCUGACCGGGAAAACGCUGUUUAAAGGAAAAGAUUACCUAGAUCAGCUGACUCAGAUCCUGAAAGUAACGGGGUAUCCAGGAGAAGAUUUCGUGGAGAAGCUGGAAGACAAAGCGGCUAAAAGUUAUAUCAAGUCCCUUCCAAAAAUUCCCAAGAAGGAUCUGUCUGUGCUGUUCCCCAAAGCCAAUCCUCAGGCAGUGGAUCUGCUUGACAAGAUGUUGCAGUUAGAUGUGGAGAAGCGUCUUACAGCCACGGAGGCUUUGGCCCACCCCUAUUUUGAUCAGUUUCGAGAUGUUGAGGAGGAGACAGAAGCACAGCAGUCCUAUGAUGAUUCUCUAGAACAUGAAAAACUUUCAAUAGAUGAGUGGAGAAAGCAUAUUUACAAGGAGAUCUUGUCCUUCAGUCCAAUUGCACGGAAGGACUCAAAGAAGCGAAGUGGAAUGUCAUUAUAGCAACUGAAGCAGCUGUGACUGGGAUUCGUUUCUUGUGCUGGAUUAUAGAUGGGAUUUACACUACACUGCCUUGCUCUUAACCAUCACUUGGCCUGUGGGACUUCCGUGUAUGUGAGCACGGGGAUGACACCAUGCUGUGGGCGUUGGACUUUGUUCUAAAAAGGGGGAUGCAACCCAAAUAGUUUUCCAUACUAAAGAUAAAUAUACUCUUAUUGAAACUCCAAA